AGUUUUUUACAAAGCAGAAAGAGAGAGACCUACACACCAAGUGUGUUAUCAUUUUAUAUUAGUGAGUUGUCAUUAGAUAAUGAUGCGUUUGUUGGUCUCUCUGCUGCUUGUAUGCACACUGAGGAAAGGAACAGCUGAUCAUGUCAACAAAGACCCACCCCCGGGGGCCUCCGCGGACCCACAACUACAGAUUAUUUACAAUGAUAGGUUGAGAGAAGUGAUGAAGCGAUUUAACAUCACGGAGGCAGACAUGAAUAUAAUGUUGUCAAAUUUCGUAGAGGGCGGGAAGUCUCCAACUAUAACAAAGAGCGUCCUGAAUUCUAACACCGGCCUCCAAGAAACGAUCACGUUGGAUUUCCAAGGCUUUACAAAUGAAUGGCUAUCACAGGGGAAACGAGACGGCACCGCCCAAGUCAACGAUCGCCAACCAUCAGCAAACAAACCGAGACUGGAUGCACUCGAUUCGGUAGAUCUAGCGAGUCUUGAAGAACAACGGAAGUACCUGAUCCGUUCGAUUUUGACCCUUGAUGCCGAGAGUACGGAUCUUCAAGAGGAUCUUGAAUUUGGAAGAAUUACUGAAAAUGUAUACCGAGAGAGGGCACUAUCUAACAGGCGAUUAUACCGCGAUCUAAUGGAGCAGCUGCUUAAAGUUCAAAAUAUUCUAAACGAAUACGAAACUACAGGGGAAUCUUCACCUAAGGCAGCUAUGGCAAGGAGAGAUUCGUCACGUGUUAUAGCAACAGACACUUCCGGUCCAGUUACAGAGGUAGCGUCUACGCAGCAAGUCGUUGUCGAGAGUGAGCCAAUAAAAAAUAACGACGCAUCAGUGCAGCUAAAAUUAUCUGAGCUUGAAGAACUCCGUAAACAAAAUGCUCUACUUAAUUUGAGAAUUCGUGAAGAGCAGGAAAUGUUAUCACCUUCAGCAAACGGAAUAAUACAAAGACCCCAGACGCCAAUCUCGUUUUCGACAAUUAUACCGGAAGGACGUGUUUCUUCUGCACGGUCUCCGGAGAGCGUUCGAGAAAAGUUGCUUGCAGAAUAUCGAGCUUUACAAAACAGAAAACGCACAAUUUAUCAGCUUUUGCAACGUUAUAGGAGAUUACUUUAACCUAAUAGAAUAGUGAAAUAUUUUUGUAUCGUUCAGAUAGUGAGAGAUCAAUAUGUUGUGAAAAAUUUCUUUCAGUGUACGCUUAUUUAACAAACUAAUCGUGAACACUAUAUCUCUUUGCACACUUGAUAUUCAAUGCUGUCUGGCGGCGCAGACAAGAAAUCAUGCGCAUGUGCGGAACAUUGCUUACUGACAGUCGCAAAUUAAAACAGGAUUCAUGCGACAAAAGAUUGGACGUCUACCACAUUUCACCUAUUCGGCAGAACGGUGUAUGUUACAUGUGUGAUUAUAAGAAGUCUCGAUGCAUUGUAAUAAAUAUGCAUGUCA